CUGGACGUCAACCCGGCCUCUUGGGGAUUCCACGAGAACAUUACCUCCAGUGAGGUGGGAAGACUGAACAACUAGAGGAUUGGACCUGACUGAAUCCUGCGUCCUGCCGAGUCCCAGGACCAACAGGUUUCCCGUUGCCGCCCUACAUCCUACAGAAGAUCAUCUUGCCAUCGCGAGCACUAUCUAGGGAAAACUGUCUUCCAGCAGGAAACUUGCGACACCACCUUCCUCAUACAGAGUCACCACUGAGAGAAGAGCUCUUCGAACCAUUGGAAUUCCGAAGCAUGCCUCUCAAGCGAUACACUACGUCUGUAGACGGAACGAUUCCAGUCCCUGCUCUACUCUACGAAGACGAGGCUUUGUUGACGUCUCAAGACAACGUCGGAAUUUAUGACGGUCAGCAGAAGGCACCUCAUCAUCAAGCUGGUACAAUAUACGCAACUACCCAUCGCUUGUUCUACAUCGAUGUAGCCCACCCACUCUCCCGGUCGUUCUCCCUUGAUCUAGCCCACGUAGCGCGAACAGAGCACUAUGCCGGCUUGUUCACCAGCUCGCCCAAGGUGACCCUUUACUUGCACCCGCUACCUCCUAAACCAGAGGCACCUACCCAGAUAGGACUGGUUGACCAACCUCCAUCAUCGCUAGCCCCUGAUGGACUCCAGUUCUGGGAAUGCGAAGUCUGCAGCAAUCGUAACCCUAUCGGGCUCACGUCCUCGGCGUCCAUGGUCUGCGCACUGUGUGGCGUACCAAGGUCCUCCGUGAAAGCAUCUAUAGACAUGCCUUCAAGGCGAGCGCCUCUGGUCUCGCACUCGCUGUCGACCUCCCUCCCAUCCUCCUCGCUCAACCUCUCUGCAUCUCUCGGCCUCGGCAAGCUUAGUCUAUCGAACUCUGCAGCACCUUCGCCACCAGCCGCUUCACACAGCUCUUCAGAUGAGGUUGCGUGUUCUGCAUGCACCUUCCUCAAUAGUCCUCUUCUCCGAGAGUGUGAGAUAUGCGGCACUCCUCUACCGCGCAAGCCCACCUUGUCGUUCUCCUCAGAACCUCAUCCACCAGCCAAAUCCGCACCAGCGUCGCGCUCCGCUACUCCAGCCCCUGUCGAUGAGGACUCGGAUGAAGACACCGACUCGCCUGAGAAGCGGAUGAUUAGGCUGAGUUUCCGGAAGGGAGGCGACAAGCCGUUUUACAGCGUGUUGAGGAGAAGUCUCCUCGGCAAGGCGUGGGAGAGCAAACAGGUUGCCAAACCUCUGGCGUCGGCAUCCAGGGGAAUCGGAAUCAGCGGCAUCCUUCGGACCGUAGAGACUACCGCCUACGCCUCCCAAACCAACAUGGAAGACGCCCUGGCCGACCUCGAGGCGCUCAUGAUCAAAUGGAAAGACAUGGUCAAGCUCGCCCAAGACCUGAAUGAGCGGCUCACCGCCGCAUCUACCGUGGCCCAGCCGCUGGUAACUCCAGGCAUCGGUCUGCCCUCCUCUCCGUCCGCAUCCGGCCUUAGUGCUGCCGCCCCCGGAGCUGCGAGCAGGCAAGUAGUGGAGCCUGAGGAGGCGACCUUCAUCCGGUCGUCGCUCGCGCAGCUCGGGCUGCAGAUGGCGAACGCACCCGUAACACAGGACAUGGUUCAUGACGAGCGCAAAUGGUACGAGGAACUUGCGAAAGAGCUCGCUGGUAUCCUAGAGGGUACGGGGAAAGGUGGAGAGGGCAUGAUGCGGAAGCGCGGGAUCAUCGCCCUCGACGAAGUGUGGGGUGGCUGGAACCGCGCCCGAGGAGUUGCGUUGAUACCGCCGGCGACGUUCCUACAAGUCCUCCCGCAUCUGCCCAACUUCACGCUUCCUCCAAUCCGCAUGCGUACCUUCGCGGCGUCCGGUCUCUCAGUACUCCACACUCCUCCGUACGGAAGCGCAACGUUCGCCUCCAGACUGGUUGGUGUGCUAACCCUCGUGGGUCCGCGGACCACGAUCGAGAUCGCACAGGAAGAAGAUCUCCCCAUUGGACUAACUCAGGAGAUGCUCGACGAGGUCGAGAUGGACGGUGAGACUUGCAGGGACGACGGCGGUUCCGGCGUCGCGCUCUUCGCUUCCCGGACCGGGAGCGCGAGCACAUCUGCGGACGCAUGGGCGGCGAAUGGAGGCGGUGAGGUGCGCUAUUGGAUCAACAUAUUCCGGGGUUACGUGUGGGACGGGCAGGAGUAACCUUGCGCCGGGGACACUCCGACAUCGGGCCAGUCGAUGUGGUUACCAGGCGUAGGCUUAGAUCGAGCACACUUCGGCGUGGCGUGUGCAAUGCCUGUAUGUCCGGGGCAGUGUCGAGUUGAUGUUCGACAUAUGCCUAUCACGAGAGGGGCACCGCGAAUCCGAGGUACAAGCGGACAUACUGCACCCGCAACGUCGGCAAUUGUCGCCGUCAACCGGACUCAAGCUCGCAAUGCCUAUCUGGUCGCCAUACUUCGCUAUGCUCCCGCUCGCCGUCCGUUCUCUACAGCCACCAUGAAAUUGUACCUGAUUCCUGCUCACUUCUCACACGACUUCCGACGGUCGGACUCUGGGAACGCCCAUCUAAAUGCCACGACUUAUACGGAGGUCCCUCCUCCGGCCUCGGCAUUCACUUCGAGGUUAGCACCUAUAGACGCUACCUGUACUGCCUAUCUCCAACGAUCGCAACCGAUAGACAUAUAAUCUCAAUCUUGCCACGCCACUGCGACCCUGAACAUCGACCGUCCGCAGGCCUUCGUGGCCCAUUCUCUUCCAACGCGCGCUCCGAGUGCGAGCCCGACGGCGUCAGUCCUACGGGUACUGCCUACCAAUCAAAGGGUCAUCCUAUCCGAUGGCUUGGCCACGAGGCUAGCACGAGUGACCGUGACAGUUCCUGAGAUUCAUUGCCGAUGCUGGCGUUGAGUACGGAGAAGAGGAGGCACCCGGCCGCCCAACGCGAACGGGCAACUCCUGGAGCUCGCCACAUACCCCGGCACGGAUCGUAGAUGAGGACAAGUUUGGACAUAUAGCUCUUUUGCGCCCAUACUACGACAACCGGCCUCCGCGGGGGCUUUCUAUGAUGUUGUUUGGCCGCCGACGCAUACAUGCGGGGAAGGAUUGCGUCGAUGCUGCCA